AUGGCCCUGCUGGAGUGGGUCAUGAUGAACUCCUACGUGGAGUUCGACAGCCGAAUUUUUCGCCAAACGCAAGGGACUGCCAUGGGAACUCCCGCGGCUGUCUGCUUUGCUGUGCUUUUUAUGAGCUGGCUGGACGAGAUGCUGACAAGGAGGUGGUCUGGGACGAUCCCGUUGUGCCACGUACGCUACAUCGACGAUGGGCUGAUCAUCUGGCCCGGAUCAAGGGCGGAGUUGGAGGAGUACCUGGACACUUUCAACUCGCUUGACCCCAAUAUCAAGCUCACGUGGCAGAUCUCAGACAGUUCGGCUGAUUUUCUCGACUUGGUCAUCUUCAAGGGACCACGGGGAGGGAAUGAUGUUGCAACUUCUCAACCGAUUUCGAUUGUGGCGCAGAUGGCAACGAAGCACCAUCCCAAUCUGGUGCGGCUGCUGGGGUAUGCAGUGGGGGGCCAUGUGAACACGCGGGUGGAGAACAUUCUCGUCUACGAGUUCAUCGCCAAUGGCGACCUGCGCCACUGGAUCGCCCCAGGCAGAGGAGCCACCAUCAGUGCGAUCAGCCCAGCCAAUGAGUCGUGUGCCUCUGCCAGCAACGAGCCAAUCUCCAUCUCCAAAUGGGCAACUGGUCUCAUGGCAGAGGGGAAGACAUCACCCCUCAGGGAUCCCCGCAUGGAAGCACCUGAGGACAUCACCAUACGCCUUGCCCACCUCGCUGUCACCUGCACUGCCAUGCCCACCGCCUCCCGCCCCUCCAUGUCCCGAGUGGCCCAAUACCUGGAAAUUAUACGAGAGGAGGCGGAAGGGGGGGAUGCGAGAGUGAGAGCUGCAGCAAGGGUUGACGAGAAGCUGUCGAGCCAGCGGUUACGGAGGAGCAUGGAGGAGGAUCUAGCAUUGCUGAAUGAGCAAGUCAUGCACGAGGGUGACACAACGGCUGUCUCUGCACAGACAUGA